GUUUCCUUGACUGAGCGCCUAUGUACCUGGUUCGAAAGGGUCAGCAUGCUGGUGAUUCUCCUGAACUGUGUGACGCUGGGCAUGUUCCACCCCUGUGAAGAUACUGCCUGCGGCUCCCCGCGCUGCAGGAUUCUCCAGAGCUUCGAUGAUUUCAUCUUUGCCUUCUUUGCUGUGGAAAUGAUAGUCAAGAUGAUUGCGCUCGGGAUCUUUGGGAAGAAGUGCUACUUGGGAGACACGUGGAACCGCCUGGAUUUUUUCAUUGUCAUAGCCGGCAUGCUGGAGUACUCCCUGGACUUGCAGAACGUUAGCUUCUCAGCUGUUCGGACAGUCCGAGUACUGCGGCCACUGAGAGCCAUUAACAGAGUCCCCAGUAUGCGCAUCCUGGUGACCCUUCUCUUGGACACGCUGCCCAUGCUGGGGAAUGUCCUCCUCCUCUGUUUCUUUGUCUUCUUUAUCUUUGGUAUCGUGGGAGUCCAGCUAUGGGCAGGGCUGCUCAGGAACCGCUGUUUCCUCCCAGAGAACUUCAGCAUCCCUUAUACAGUAGAGUUGGAAAGAUACUACCAGACAGAGAACGAGGACGAGAACCCCUUCAUCUGCUCCCAGCCGCGGGAGAAUGGCAUGCGCUACUGCCGCAACAUCCCAACGCGGAGAGAAGAAGGUCUAGAGUGCACCCUAGACUAUUACUCCUAUAAUGAUACCACUAAUACCUCCUGCGUCAACUGGAACCAGUAUUAUACCAACUGUUCAGCUGGGGAGCACAACCCCUUCAAAGGAGCAAUCAACUUUGAUAACAUUGGCUACGCAUGGAUUGCAAUAUUUCAGGUCAUCACGCUGGAGGGCUGGGUGGACAUCAUGUACUUUGUCAUGGACGCACACUCCUUCUACAAUUUCAUCUACUUCAUCCUGCUGAUCAUUGUGGGUUCCUUCUUCAUGAUCAACCUCUGCUUAGUGGUCAUAGCAACCCAGUUCUCAGAAACCAAGCAGCGGGAGAGUCAGCUGAUGAAGGAGCAGCGGGUCCGUUACUUGUCCAAUGCCAGCACGCUGGCCAGUUUUUCAGAGCCAGGGAGCUGCUAUGAUGAACUUCUCAAAUAUUUGGUUUAUGUUACCCGGAAGGCCAGCAAACAGCUGGUUGAAGCUUAUAGAGCAGCAGGGUUGAAAAUGGGGCUCCUCUCCAGCCCUGGGAAUAAGAACGGGGCUGAUAGGCAGCCCUGCAAACAUCGUCAAAGGAAAAGAUCGUCUGUGCACCAUCUAAUUCACCACCACCACCACCACCACCAUCACUAUCACAUGGGCAAUGGGAACCUGCGGGCACCACGUGCCAGCCCCGAGAUCAGCGAUGUGGAAACCAGUUCCCUCCACAAUAGCACCAACAGGCUAAUGCUUCCUCCCUCAACGCCUAAUCUCCACGGUGCUUCCAGCAACACAGAAUCAGUCCACAGCAUCUACCACGCCGAUUGCCACUUUGAGCCAAUCCGUUGCAGGUCAUCCCUCCCUCAGCCUGGCCUCAGCUUACCAAGCCCAGAGGGGCUCCCCAAGAGUAUGGUUGGCAGCAAAGUCUACCCCACCGUACACCCCAGUACCUCCCAUGAGAUGCUGAAGGAGAAAAGCUUAGGAGAACUGGCAGCUAACCCUGGGGCUGGCACACUAACAAACCUCAACAUACCUCCUGGGCCAUACAGCACCAUGCACAAGCUCCUGGAGAACCAGAGCACCGGCGCCUGUCAGAGCUCUUGCAAGAUUACUAGCCAGUGUGGGAAACUGGACAGUGGCUCCUGCAACCCCGACAGCUGCCCCUACUGCAUCAAGACCCUGGCUAAUGACCUGGAGCCCAUGGACAACGAGACGGUGGACUCGGACAGUGAGGGGGUGUAUGAAUUCACUCAGGACGCCCGCUACAGUGACCAGCGGGACCCUCAGCGAGGGGAAGUCAGGGGCAAGAAAAUGAGCGGGUUCUUGGUGUUCUGGAGCGUAGUGUGCGAAACGUUCAGGAAGAUUGUAGACAGCAAGUACUUUGGGCGCGGGAUCAUGAUCGCCAUCCUGAUCAACACCCUCAGCAUGGGGAUUGAGUACCAUGAGCAGCCUGAGGAGCUCACCAAUGCCCUGGAGAUCAGCAAUAUAGUCUUCACAAGUCUCUUUGCUCUGGAGAUGCUCCUGAAGGUCCUUGUGUACGGUCCUUUUGGCUACAUCAAAAAUCCAUACAACAUCUUUGAUGGGAUCAUUGUAGUGAUCAGUGUCUGGGAGAUCGUGGGCCAGCAAGGCGGGGGCCUGUCGGUUCUACGGACUUUCCGUCUCAUGCGAGUCCUAAAACUGGUCCGGUUCAUGCCUGCCCUCCAGCGCCAGCUCGUGGUCCUCAUGAAGACCAUGGACAAUGUGGCCACCUUCUGCAUGUUACUGAUGCUUUUCAUCUUCAUCUUUAGUAUUCUAGGGAUGCAUCUCUUCGGCUGUAAGUUUGCUUCCGAGAGAGACGGGGACACCCUUCCUGAUCGGAAAAACUUUGACUCCUUGCUCUGGGCCAUCGUCACUGUUUUCCAGAUCCUGACACAGGAAGACUGGAACAAGGUUCUCUACAACGGCAUGGCUUCCACCUCUUCCUGGGCUGCUCUCUACUUCAUCGCCCUCAUGACAUUUGGGAAUUAUGUUCUCUUUAACCUCCUGGUGGCCAUCCUGGUGGAGGGUUUCCAGACUGAGGGAGAUGUGUCUAAGUCUGAUUCGGAGGGGGAUGUUUUCCCCCCAAGCCUGGAAGAAGAGAGUGGACUGAAGAAACACUUGUCAAACCCAGCCUUGAUGGCCUUGAGUGACCACCCCGAACUGAAGAAAAGUCUGACUCCACCCCUCAUCAUACACACAGCUGCCACCCCAAUGCCAAUGCCAAAGAGUGCCAUGUUUGGAGAUGCAGCUCAAGGCUAUGAGUCUCGCCGGGCCAGCAGCGUCUCCAUGGAUCCCAGUGCCCAUGAACUCAAAUCUCCGUCCAGCAUACGGAGCUCUCCUCACAGCCCUUGGAGUGCAGCCAGCAGCUGGAAUAGUCGCCGGUCAAGCUGGAACAGCAUUGGGCGAGCUCCCAGCCUAAAGCGCCGGGGCCAGAGCGGGGAACGCAAGUCGCUGCUAUCUGGAGAUGGGAAGGAGAGUUCAGAGGAUGGGGAAAGCUCUGAUGAGGAGCAGUCCAGUCGGGCCGGGAGCAUCAAUGGCUCUUUACCUCACCGCAUGGGAUCGCUGGAAACGAAAGGCUCAUUUGACCUCCAGGACACCUUGCAGGUGCCUUCCCUUUACCGAACCAGCAGCAUGUACAGCAGCCGAACCUCUGCAUCAGAGCAUCAAGACUGCAAUGGGAAAACUUCCGCAGGGGCCCUGUUACAUCAGUUCCAUUUGGAUGAUCCCAGACAAGACUGUGAUGACUGUGAUGACGAAGGCAACAUGAGCAAACGAGACCGUGCGAAGGCUUGGAUACAGGCCCGUCUGCCCACCUGGUGCAAAGAGAGAGAUUCUUGGUCUAUCUACAUCUUCGCUCCUCACUCUAAAUUCCGUCUGAUGUGCAAUAAAAUCAUCACUCACAAGAUGUUUGAUCAUGUCGUCUUGGUUAUCAUUUUCCUGAACUGCAUCACCAUUGCUAUGGAACGGCCAAAAAUUGAGCCCCACAGUGCUGAACGCAUUUUCCUAACACUCUCCAACUACAUCUUCACAGUAAUCUUCCUGGCUGAGAUGACAGUUAAGGUGGUGGCACUAGGUUUGUGCUUUGGGGAGAAGGCUUACUUGAAAAGCAGCUGGAAUGUGCUCGACGGGGUGCUCGUUCUCAUCUCGGUCAUUGACAUCUUGGUUUCAAUGGUAUCAGACAGCAGCACUAAAAUCCUUGGGAUGCUGAGGGUCUUGAGACUCCUGCGAACACUCAGGCCAUUAAGGGUCAUUAGUCGUGCGCAAGGACUGAAGCUCGUGGUGGAAACUCUGAUGUCGUCCCUUAAACCCAUUGGGAACAUUGUGGUCAUCUGCUGUGCCUUCUUCAUCAUCUUUGGGAUCUUAGGAGUCCAGCUUUUCAAAGGGAAGUUUUUUGUCUGCCAGGGGGAGGAUACCAGAAACAUUACAAACAAAUCGGACUGCGCAGAAGCCAGCUACAAAUGGGUCCGGCACAAGUAUAAUUUUGAUAAUCUCGGCCAGGCCCUGAUGUCUCUGUUUGUUCUGGCCUCCAAAGACGGGUGGGUGGACAUCAUGUACGAUGGCCUAGAUGCUGUUGGAGUUGACCAACAGCCGGUCAUGAACUAUAACCCUUGGAUGCUCCUCUACUUCAUCUCCUUCCUGCUGAUUGUGGCUUUCUUCGUCCUCAAUAUGUUCGUGGGUGUCGUGGUGGAGAACUUUCACAAGUGUCGGCAGCAUCAGGAGGAGGAAGAAGCCAAGAGACGCGAGGAAAAGAGGCUUCGCCGGCUGGAGAAAAAGAGAAGGAAUCUAAUGCUGGAUGAUGUAAUAAUGGAGAGCUCAGCCAGUGCAGUGCAAGAAGCGCAGUGUAAACCCUACUAUUCCGAUUACUCUCGCUUCCGGCUCCUGAUCCACCAGAUGUGCACGAGCCAUUACCUGGACUUGUUCAUCACGGGUGUGAUUGGCCUCAACGUGAUCACCAUGGCUAUGGAGCACUACCAGCAGCCCAAGGUUCUUGAUGAAGCACUGAAGAUUUGCAAUUACAUCUUCACUGUCAUCUUUGUCUUGGAGUCGGUGUUCAAGCUAAUUGCCUUUGGGUUUCGCCGGUUCUUUCAAGACAGAUGGAACCAAUUAGACCUGGCAAUAGUGCUGCUGUCUAUCAUGGGUAUAACUUUGGAAGAGAUCGAGGUGAAUGCAUCGUUGCCCAUUAACCCCACUAUUAUCCGGAUCAUGAGGGUCCUAAGGAUUGCUCGAGUGUUGAAGUUGCUGAAGAUGGCUGUAGGGAUGAGAGCCCUGCUGGACACAGUCAUGCAAGCCCUGCCUCAGGUUGGCAACCUGGGUCUUCUCUUCAUGCUGCUGUUCUUCAUAUUUGCAGCUCUUGGAGUGGAGCUCUUUGGAGAUCUUGAGUGCGAUGAUACUCACCCCUGUGAGGGUCUUGGGCGGCAUGCAACAUUUAGAAACUUUGGAAUGGCCUUUUUGACUCUCUUCCGAGUGUCGACUGGAGACAACUGGAAUGGGAUAAUGAAGGACACGCUGCGAGACUGUGACCAGGAGUCUACCUGCUACAACACAGUCAUCUCGCCCAUCUACUUCGUCUCCUUCGUGCUGACAGCCCAGUUUGUCCUGGUGAACGUGGUGAUUGCAGUGCUCAUGAAGCACUUGGAGGAGAGCAACAAGGAAGCUAAGGAAGAAGCGGAGCUAGAAGCAGAGCUGGAGAUGGAAAUGAAGACGAUAGCUCCAGGCCAACACCCUUCCUCGGAUCUCUUUGCGUGGACAGGCGGUAAUGGUGGAGAUAGGCCUGAGAGCCCCAAAGGAUGUACCAAUCCCCUGCAAAUCAAGGUGGAUUCUCAGCUCUCAUUAUUUUAUCCUAUGGAAAGGCACUUGUUUGAUACCCUAUCACUGCUGAUCCAGGAAUCUCUGGAAGGAGAGUUGAAGCUGAUGGACAACCUGUCAGGCUCUGUGUGCCAUCAUUAUGCCCUUCCAGCUCCUGAAUAUUACAACUCUGAGAAACAGACCAAUUUCCACUCCAAAAAUGACACUCUGACUCUGUCCCCCAGCAAGGACCUCCUGAGUGUGAGAAAGCCUUCCGUUGGCCGCACACAUUCAUUGCCAAAUGACAGCUAUAUGUUUCAACCUCCAUACUCUGGCCCCUGUGCUGACACCCCGGGAGAGAGGAAGCCAUCCUAUCUCAAAUCUCAGUCAGGCUCAAAGACAUCUGUGCAGUCGCAGCCUGCAGACACCAGUUCUCUCCUGCAAAUCCCAAAAGUAAAUUUUCACCGCAUACGACCUCAUGACAAUCUAGAUGGGGAGGGCAGACCCAAGACUCCCCGGCCUGUGCAUUCUCGUUCUGCAGAAAGAUUGCUUCGCAGACAGGAUUCAAACAUUACAGUGCAAACUGAUAAUCCAGACCUAACACCAUGUUUUCAGAAUACCGUCCUUGCUUGGAUCCCCAGUAUUUACCUCUGGACAGCCUUCCCUUUUUAUAUCCUUUAUCUGAAACGCUGCAAGAGAGGAUACAUCGUACUCUCUGUGUUGAGCAGGUUCAAGACGUUUUUAGGCGUUCUGCUUUGGUGCGUCUGCUGGGCAGACUUGUUCUACUCUUUUCAUGAACUCCUGCAAAGCAGAACUCCACACCCCGUCUAUUUUGUAACUCCCCUAAUUCUUGGCAUCACAAUGUUAUUAGCUGCGAUCCUCAUUCAGUACGAGCGACUGCGUGGAGUACAGUCCUCUGGCAUACUCAUUGUGUUCUGGUUUAUAUCUGUCCUCUGUGCUCUGGGUCCCUUCCGAUCGAAAAUCAUGACUGCAACAACACAGGGCCAGGUGAAAGACAGAUUUAGGUUUGUAACGUUUUACAUCUACUUCGUAUUGAUAAUCAUUGAGUUGAUCCUUUCAUGCUUUAAAGAAAGGCCUCCAUUUUUCUCCCCCGUUAAUACAGACCCGAAUCCAUGUCCAGAGUUGAAUUCAGGCUUUCUUUCAAGGUUAACAUUUUGGUGGUUUACAAGCAUGGCAAUUCUUGGUUACAAAAGGCCACUUGAAGACAAAGACCUAUGGUCACUGAAUGAAGAUGACACCUCAAAAGUGGUCGUGGGACAGCUGCAAAAAGAGUGGGAUAAACAACAAGAAGAAUGCAACCAGAAAGAGGCCAGGGCAUACGUGAAUAAAUCUAGCUAUGUGCUGAACCAUGUGGGUGAUGGCCCAAAUGAAGCAGAACCUUGGAUUGACAAUAAGAAACAGCAUAAACAGCCCUCCUUCCUCAGAGCAUUGCUACGGGCCUUUGGGCCAUACUUCUUGAUUGGCUCAUUCUACAAGCUGAUCCAAGAUCUACUUGCUUUUGUCAACCCUCAGUUGUUAAGUGUGUUAAUUGUCUUCAUUAAGAAUAAAGACGCUCCUUCCUGGUGGGGAUUUUUCAUUGCAACUCUGAUGUUCAUCUGUGCCAUGUUGCAGACACUAAUCCUUCACCAGCAUUUCCAGUACUGUUUUGUUACUGGGAUGAGGCUGAGAACAAGCAUCACUGGGCUGAUCUAUAGAAAGUCCUUAGUCAUCACCAACUCAGCAAAGCACACCUCCACUGUGGGAGAAAUUGUCAACCUGAUGUCAGUGGAUGCUCAGCGGUUCAUGGAUCUGACGACUUUCCUGAACUUGUUGUGGUCUGCGCCAGUUCAGAUCAUUCUAGCUUUUUACUUCCUCUGGCAGACCUUAGGGCCUUCAGUAUUGGCAGGAGUUGCAGUGAUGAUUUUGCUUAUCCCAUUCAAUGCUGCAAUUGCUAUAAAAACUAGAGCAUUCCAGGUGGAACAGAUGCAGCAUAAGGAUUCCCGCAUUAAGCUGAUGAAUGAGAUUCUGAGUGGCAUAAAGGUGCUGAAGCUAUAUGCUUGGGAACUAUCCUUUCAGGAGAAAGUGCUGGAGAUACGAAAGAAUGAGCUGCGUAUUCUGAAGAAAGCAGCCUAUCUAAAUGCUUUGUCCACUUUUGCAUGGGUCUCCGCACCAUUUCUGGUUGCACUGACCACGUUUGCAGUCUAUGUCUCUGUGGAUGAAAAUAACAUCCUGGAUGCACAGAAAGCUUUUGUCUCCCUCUCCUUGUUCAAUAUCUUAAGGUUUCCACUCAACAUGCUUCCACAAGUCAUUAGCAGCAUUGCACAGGCGAGUGUUUCCCUAAAGAGAAUUCAGCAGUUCCUGUGUCACGAUGAACUUGAUCCAAAUUGUGUGGAAACAAAAAAGAUUACUCCAGGCUGUGCCAUCACUGUAACAAAUGGGACUUUCAGCUGGGCAAAGGAGCUCGAGCCAGCUCUGAAAAAUGUUAAUUUGUUGGUCCCCAGUGGCUCUUUGAUUGCUGUUGUUGGCCACGUUGGCUGUGGGAAGUCAUCACUUGUAUCUGCUAUCCUUGGUGAAAUGGAAAAACUAGAAGGGGAAGUGGCAGUCAAGGGCUCUGUUGCUUAUGUGCCACAGCAAGCAUGGAUCCAGAAUGCAACCCUGAAGGACAAUAUUUUGUUUGGCCAGCCUUCUAAUGAACACAAGUACCAAAAUGUUCUAGAGGCCUGUGCUUUAAAAACUGACCUUCAGGUGCUUCCAGGAGGUGAUCAAACUGAGAUAGGAGAAAAGGGCAUCAACCUCUCAGGGGGUCAGAGGCAGAGAGUUAGCCUUGCUCGUUCGGUGUUCAGCGAUGCUGAUGUCUACCUGUUAGACGAUCCUCUCUCGGCUGUGGAUUCCCACGUUGCAAAGCACAUCUUUGAUAAAGUUAUCGGACCAGAAGGAGCACUUAAAGAAAAGACCCGAAUUUUGGUGACCCAUGGCAUCAGCUUUCUACCUCAGGUGGACCAUAUAGUCGUUCUUGUGGAUGGCAGGGUCUCUGAAAUGGGAUCCUAUGAAGAGCUUUUGAAGCAAAACGGAGCUUUUGCAGAAUUCCUUCGAAAUUAUGCACCUGAUGAAGACACAGAAGAGGAUGAGCCAACAAUGCUAGGGGAAGAAGAAGUCUUGCUGGCUGAAGAUACACUCAGCAACCACACUGAUAUCACAGAUAAUGAACCAGUGACAAAUGAAGUCCGCAAGCAGUUCCUAAGGCAAAUUAGUGUGAUAUCUUCAGAGGUGGGAGAAUGUCCCAGUAAAAUGUCAACAAGAAGAAGAGUAUGUGAAAAUAAGCCAGUAGAGACUCUGCCAACAAAAAAAAAUCGCGCAGAAAAACUUAUUCAGGCGGAAACUACUGAAACGGGAACGGUCAAGUUGACAGUAUUUUGGCAGUACAUGAAGGCCAUCAGUCCCAUAGUAUGUGUAAUUAUAUGUUUCCUGUAUUGCUGUCAAAAUGCUGCUGCGAUCGGGGCCAAUGUAUGGCUCAGCGACUGGACCAAUGAACCUGUGAUAAAUGGAACUCAGCAUAACACAAGCACGCGACUCGGUGUCUAUGCUGCCCUGGGCCUCUUGCAAGGCGUCCUAGUGCUCAUCUCUUCCUUCACGCUGGCAAUGGGUGGCAUCAGUGCAGCCCGAAAGCUUCACGCUGCACUGUUGGAGAACAAAUUUCACACGCCCCAGUCUUUUUUUGAUACCACACCAACAGGUCGGAUCAUCAACCGCUUCUCUAAGGACAUAUAUGUGAUUGAUGAAGUGUUACCACCUACCAUCUUGAUGUUCCUACAAACUUUUUUCACCUCUUUGCAAACCAUGAUUGUAAUAGUAACAAGCACUCCACUCUUUGCUGUGGUUAUUAUACCCCUAGCAAUUCUAUACUUCUUUGUCCAGCGGUUCUAUGUGGCCACCUCACGUCAGCUAAAGCGCCUGGAGUCUGUCAGCAGAUCCCCCAUUUAUUCCCAUUUUUCGGAAACAGUCUCAGGGACCAGUGUCAUCCGAGCCUAUGGAAGAGAGAAAUCCUUCAUAGACAUCAGUGACAUAAAAGUAGAUGAAAAUCAGAAAAGUUAUUAUCCCGGCAUUGUAUCGAACAGGUGGCUGGGUAUUCGAGUUGAAUUUGUAGGAAGUUGUGUUGUCUUCUUUGCUGCUCUCUUUGCUGUAUUGGGUAAAAACAGCCUGAACGCCGGCCUCGUAGGACUUUCAGUAUCCUAUGCGUUACAGGUGACAGUGGCUCUGAAUUGGAUGGUACGGAUGGCUUCUGACCUUGAAAGCAACAUUGUAGCUGUAGAAAGAGUGAAAGAGUAUUCAGAAACUGAGACCGAGGCUCCCUGGAUAAUUGAAGACAAGAGGCCACCAGAAGACUGGCCGGCCAAAGGAGAGGUAGAGUUUGUUAACUACUCGGUGAGGUACAGGAAAGGCCUAGAUCUGGUACUGACGGACCUAAGCCUCAGGGUGAACGGUGGAGAAAAGAUAGGAAUUGUCGGAAGAACUGGAGCUGGGAAGUCUUCCGUGACCCUCUGUCUCUUCAGGAUCCUGGAAGCUGCGAAGGGAGACAUUAAAAUAGACGGUGUGAGAAUUUCAGAGAUUGGUCUUCACGACCUACGAUCCAAGCUCACAAUUAUUCCUCAGGACCCAGUUCUCUUUUCUGGAACGCUGAGAAUGAAUCUGGAUCCAUUUAAUAGUUACUCAGAUGAAGAAAUAUGGACAGCACUUGAACUGUCGCACUUGAAGAGGUUUGUCAGCGGUCAGCCGGCCAUGCUGGACUACGAAUGCUCAGAAGGGGGAGAGAACCUUAGCGUUGGUCAAAGACAGCUGGUCUGCUUGGCAAGAGCCUUCCUUCGCAAAACAAGAAUCUUAGUUCUGGAUGAAGCAACUGCAGCAAUUGACCUUGAGACAGAUGAUUUAAUUCAGAUGACAGUCAGGACUCAAUUUGAAGAUUGCACUGUACUAACAAUAGCGCACAGACUGAACACAAUUAUGGAUUAUACAAGGGUCCUGGUUCUAGAUAAAGGAACUAUAGCUGAAUUUGAUACACCAACAAGACUUAUAGCAUCAAGACGUAUUUUCUACAGUAUGGCCAAAGAUGCUGGACUGGCAUAACAAAACUUGUUUUUUAUACCACUUAAAGCAACCCAUGAGUUUACUGUAUUUUACAGAAUGGUCUUUGUAGCAGACUAAGCUUGUGAUACAGAACAAUGUAUUUUACACCCCCAGUGACCAAACCUGAAUUUUAUAUUUUUAAAACUAUUUUCUAUAUGAAGAAUUUCAUUAAUGGCUCUUUUCCUCAAAGAACGCCAAGUGUCCUGCCAGGAAAAUGUAUGUACCGUAAGGUAACAUGUACUGUAUUCUGAUUUAUCAUUAGAAAUUAAAACUAAUGAUACAAAAUA